AUGGCGUCUGAUAAAGUUUGGGGAGACAAACCAGUAUAUUUUAAACAGCCAAUAAGGUGGAUGAGGUAUCAUGCACAUGUAAAUCCAGCAAUAUUUUUAUCGGUUGUAUUGGGAUUGGCUGGUCCCACGCUAUUAUUUUUAUCCCCAUUAAGAAGAAAAUACCUUUACCCUGAUCAUGAGCCUAUUCCUUUUGUUUAUCCAAUACCUCAGAGACCAAGAGACUUGAAUUUGAAAGGUUAUGAUGAUUAG